CAACAAGUAACACAAUGAGUGAGUGAGUGACAAGACAUGUAGAUUUCCAUGUCGAGCACCUUAUCACCGGAAACACCACCAAUACACACAUUCCUCAUCUUCCCCACACUUAUGCAAAACCCAACUACAUAACAGAAUUCCCAAAAAAAAAAGGAAAAACAAAGAAGUGAGGAUCAAUGGAGAGGAAUCUUAUUAUCAUACCCAAUAGACCAAGUGGACUUUCACUCCCUUCGUAUCAUUACAGUUCCACCCAGUUCGAGUUCCACAGAAAAACAAGGUUCCAUGCAAGUUCCAACCUUGUUUCUGUCACAAAAGACUCACACCCAAAAUCAAUUGAAGCCCAAUUGAACCAGCUAUGCAUCAAUGGUCCCUUAACUGAUGCUGUAGCAAUUCUUGACUCACUGGCUCGGCAAGGUUCCAAGGUGAGACCGAUCACGUACGUUAACCUUCUACAGUCCUGCAUUGACAGGGAUUGCAUAUGGGUGGGUAGGGAAUUGCAUGCUAGGAUAGGAAUUGUGACAAAUUUGGACCCUUUUGUGGAGACCAAGCUGGUGAGCAUGUAUGCGAAAUGUGGGUUUUUGGAGGAGGCACGUAAGGUGUUCGAUGAAAUGCGUGAGAGGAACUUGUUCACUUGGUCUGCUAUGAUUGGUGCGUGCUUGAGAGAGUGUGAUUGGGAGGAAGUUGUGGGGCUGUUCUAUGACAUGCUGCAAGAUGGGUUCUUGCCGGAUGAGUUUCUGAUACCAAAGAUUCUACAGGCAUGUGGGAAGUGUAGGGAUUUCGAGACUGUGAGGCUGAUACAUUCGAUUGUGAUCCGGCAUGGGAUGCAGUGCGCUCUGCGAGUGAGCAAUUCAAUUCUUGCCGUGUAUGCAAAGUGUGGGGAGAUGAGUUAUGCAAAGAAGUUCUUCGAGAGUUUGGACAAGAGGAACAGCGUGACCUGGAAUGCAAUCAUAACAGGGUGUUGCCAGAAUGGUGAGAUUGAGCAAGCUAGGAAAUAUUUUAAUGCAAUGCAGGAAGAAGGGGUUGAACCUUGUUUGCUAACUUGGAACAUAAUGAUUGCCAGUUAUAUUCAGUUAGGACAUUGUGAUAUUGCAAGGGAUUUAAUGAGGAGGAUGGAAACUUUUGGGAUUUCUCCUGAUGUGUAUACUUGGACUUCCAUGAUUUCUGGGUUUACUCAAAAGGGUUUUAUACAUCAAGCUUUUGAUAUAUUGAGGGAGAUGCUUUUAUCAGGUGUGGAGCCCAAUGGUAUUACAAUUGCCAGUGCUGUUUCGGCAUGUGCAUCUGUAAAAUCACUAUAUGCAGGAUCAGAAAUCCAUUCUCUUGCUAUGAAGUUGGGUUUGGGUGAUGAUCUGGUAGUUGGUAAUUCACUGAUUGACAUGUAUUCCAAGUGUGGUAAUCUGGAAGCUGCUCAGCGAGUUUUCGAUAUGAUGUUAAAGAGAGAUGUUUAUUCUUGGAAUUCAAUUAUUGGAGGAUAUUGCCAAGCUGGUUUCUGUGGCAAAGCCCAUGAUUUGUUUAUGAAAAUGCAGGAAUCUGAUUCACCUCCUAAUGUUGUUACAUGGAAUAUAAUGAUCACAGGAUAUAUGCAAAAUGAUGAUGAGGAUCGGGCCUUGGAUCUUUUACAAAGGAUUGAGAAAGAUGGGAAAGUUAAACGAAAUGCAGCAUCAUGGAAUGCGAUAAUUUCUGGAUACCUGCAAAAAGGACUACUGGACAAGGGUUUGCAGAUAUUUCGGCAGAUGCAGUCUUACCACACUUCUCCGAACACAGUUUCAAUGCUAAGUAUUCUUCCUGCUUGUGCAAAUUUAGUGGCAGCAAACAAAGUGAAAGAAAUCCACUGUUGUGCAGUGCGUAGAAAUUUCAUAUCUGAAGCAUAUGUAUCAAAUAUAUUCAUUGACACUUAUGCUAAGUCAGGAAACAUGAUGUAUGCAAGAAAAAUAUUUGAUGGAUUGUCAUCAAAAGAUAUAAUCAGUUGGAAUACUCUGAUUGCAGGUUAUGUUUUACAUGGCCAGUCAGAGUUUGCUCUUGAUCUUUAUGGUCAGAUGAGGAGGGAAGGACUUGAACCGAGUAGAGGUACUUUUGCAAGUAUUAUCUUAGCUUAUAGUGAUGUUGGAAUGUUAGAUGAGGGGAAGCAUACUUUCUCCAGCAUCAGUGAAGCAUAUCAGAUUAGGCCGAGUCUGGAGCAUUAUUAUGCAAUGGUCUAUUUGCUUGGUCGUUCAGGUAAACUUGCUGAAGCACUGGAGUUUAUCGAAAACAUGCCCAUUGAGCCUACUUCCACCAUAUGGGCUGCCUUGUUUGCUGCCAGCAGGUGUCACCGAAAUUUUGGAUUGGCUAUCCUUGCCGGAGAACGCAUGCUUGAGUUGGAACCUGGAAAUAAUUUAACUCAGCUUUUACUUUCUCAGGCAUAUUACCUAUGUGGGAAGUCUUGGGAAGCCCCAAAACUUACAAGGUUGGAGAAAGAAAAGGCUGUAAAGAUACCGCUUGGGCAGUGCUGGAUUGAAAGGAAAAACAUGGUUCAUACUUUUGUAGUUGGUUAUCAGUCUAAGACAUACUUGGACAAGCUACGCUCUUGGCUAAAACGGGUAGCGGUAAAUGUCAACGCUUCCAUUUCUGGCAAUUUGCCUUCCAUUGAGGAAGAAGAUGAGGAACAUGGUAGCAUUGUACAUAGUGAAAAACUUGCAUUUGCAUUUGCUUUACUAGACUCUCAUCAUGAAGGACCUCAAGUUUUACGAAUAGUAAAAAAUUUGAGGAUGUGUAGAGAAUGCCAUGACACUGCCAAGAAUUUAUCGUUGGCAUAUGGAUGUGAAAUAUACUUAAGUGAUUCAAAUUGCUUACACCAUUUUAAAGGUGGCUACUGUUCUUGUCAGGAUUAUUGGUAGAGGGAAAAGAUGUGAGAGAGAAUCUAUUUUUUAUGUGAAUAGAUUACAUAAAAAUUUAUGAAAUUCUAUCAUAUGUAUAGAUGUUCUUGUAUGUUGGUUUCUGAACAAAUCUACUUUAUGAAAAUAAACCUUUAACACACAAGUUUUUGGCUUCGCUUUUUACAUUGUUUACAUAUUAAACUGUAUCCAACUCCAUUUGGUUAUUGUACAGGCAGAUUAAUAUAUUAUGACACUUUCUGGAUGGAAGAUUUGAAUGUUUGAUAGAUAGAUUGUACAGACACGGCAUAUGGUUUAUAGAUAUCCAUUAGUUUGAUAGACAGAUUGUAAAACCUUUCUACUUUGAAGAUAUCCAUUAGUUUGAUGAUAUCCACUACGUAAAACUUUUGAAGCUUAGCCUUAAACCCAUGGAUAGCCUAAUAUGUCUACUUUGAAUCAAUCUAAUCCUUAACUGAUCAAGGCAGAUGAUUAAUUAAUCAGAGCCAACGUUUGGUUUACACAAUGAUGCUCUACACAAGAGUAAUCAUCAGCAGACACAAGUUAUGUUUUCUACAUUCAAUCAUAAAGGGCCACUUGAGUUGAGUUGUUCUUUUUAAAUGGUUGUUUGAUACUAUGAUAAUUAUAGUGACAAGAGCAACACCCCUUCUGGUUUUAUUCUCAAAUUGAGGAAGCACAUUUGGACUUGGAGGCUUGGAGAUGUUAGGAAGCUUGGCUACGAUACGAUAGGCAGAUUAUUCUCUUCCAAUUUGGAUCGAGGAAGAGUGCAAACUAUGUUAUAUUUGAUCUCUAUGCUGACGGGAAUAUCCUCCUUACAGAUGCUAACUUUAUGGUCCUGACUCUCCUGAGAUCUCACAGCUCUAGAUGGAUGGCAUAGGGCUUGGAAAUAGAAGAGGAGUUGGACAGUUAAAGAUGCCGUUAACUUGUAUGAUGAAAGGGUUGCUUGUACUGAUGAUACUCCUUCAUUGAAGAAAAUUCA